GUAGAGUUGCAAACAAAAAUAUAUUUAAUUAGAUAUGAACCUACUGUAUAUAUUUAUACAGCCAUAGCUAAUGAUAAGAUAACGGAUAGUAAAAUAAUAAAUUUAAACAUCCUUGCAUCACUUGUUCAAAUUAUAUUGUUUCUAGCCACCAGAGAUUAAAAUGGCAUCCAAGUUAGAACUUUCAAGCGUAGAUGAACUAAUUUUUAAAUCAUUGUCGGAAGACCAGAGAAAGGAAUAUAACAGAAUACAGUACGGGCGAACAGAUCACCACCAGCUGACAGUGAAAAAAGGUAGUUUAGGGCUUGCAGAAGAAGCUAACUUUGACAUUGCAGCAUUUGACUUUCCUGCUGCAAAAGAAGAUACAAGGAGUCCGCGCGUUGUAAGAGUUGGUAUAGUCCAGCAUUCAGUUUCUUCACCAACCAAUUUACCUAUCCAUGAACAGAGGCAGGCAAUAUUUGAAAAAAUUCGCAAGAUUAUCGAAGCAGCUGGAGAAGAGGCUGUCAACAUACUAGCUCUUCAAGAAGCAUGGAGUAUGCCUUUCGCUUUUUGCACAAGGGAAAAACAACCCUGGUGUGAAUUUGCUGAGUCUGCUUUUGAUGGACCAAGCAUUCAAUAUUUGAAAGAAUUUUCUAUAAAAUAUGGCAUGGUAAUUAUAGCACCAAUUCUAGAAAGAGAUGAAGUUCAUGGUGAUACAAUAUGGAAUACUGCAGUUGUCAUCAAUGAAUGUGGAACAGUUAUUGGUAAACAUCGGAAAAAUCACAUCCCUCGUGUUGGAGAUUUCAAUGAAUCCACUUACUAUUUUGAGGGUAACACAGGCCACCCUGUAUUUGAAACAAAGUUUGGGAAGUUAGGUAUUAACAUAUGCUAUGGCCGUCACCACCCUUUGAACUGGUUGAUGUUUGGUGUAAAUGGAGCCGAAAUUGUAUUUAACCCAUCUGCCACAGUUGCAGGGUUGAGUGAGCACUUGUGGCCAAUUGAGGCCCGUAAUGCAGCAAUAGCCAACAGUUAUUUCACUUGUGCUAUAAAUAGAGUGGGUACUGAAAAAUUCCCAAAUGAGUUUACCUCUGGUGACGGGAAGCCAGCCCACAAAGAGUUUGGCCAUUUCUAUGGCUCUAGCUACAUCACAGCCCCUGAUGGCACAAGGACACCAGGGCUUUCCAGAGUCAGAGAUGGAUUAUUAAUUGCACAAAUGGAUUUGAACUUAUGUCGACAAAUUAAAGAUAAAUGGGGAUUCACAAUGACUCAACGCCUGGACUUGUAUGCAGAAAGUCUCAAUAAAGCUAUAAAACAUGACUAUAAGCCACAAAUCAUCAAAAAUUGAUUUGAAUAAAUUCCCAAUAUGCCAAUGGAAAUUAAAAAAAUAACAUGUUGUAUAUUGUUCAAAUUAUAAAAAUUAAAAGGGCCUUAUAUUCAAACUUUAAUGUGAAAGGGGUAAUAAUUUAGAAAAUAAGUUUGCCUUUUUAUAUAUUUGGCUUUUAGAUAACCAAAUUUGGUUAUGUUUUUGUAUAAACCUAUUUGUUAUUGUUAAAUCUUUAUAUUUAAUAAAUAAAUGUUUUACGAA